UCGCCUGACUUUGUGGUGAGAAUGUUGCUGAGACGGCCAAAGUUGCACUUGUUGCCGGACCUCCUUCCCUCCUGGGCACAAUGCAGAGGGGUCUUCCACCUGGGGAAGGCAGGCUCGGCAUCUGAACUGAGGGCCGCAAGGGGGACCUGGCAGUGGCGAGAGUUCGCUGUGUUCCUGCGCCCGGAGGUGCAGCACACUCCCUUCACAGCACGACUGCUUCAGAAAGGCGCGGUGAUGAGGCAGGAACGACAGCAGUCUCUAGGUUGGAGGUCACCCGUCCCAGAGGUCAUGGGGAUCCUCCUCGGGGAUGUCCAGGGCGCUGGGCAACAGCCAAUCACCUUCCUGCGACAGGUUACUGCUAUCAGCACCUACCCAAGACUGCUCGAUCACCCAGCCCUGCCCCUCGAUGCCAAGCAGAGGGCUCGAGAAAUCCUGGCUAACUGUGCCGGCAAUAGCAUUGGUGCUUACACUGAGCCAGAAGGGAUCGGUGCUGUCAGACACUCAGUGGCCCAAUACCUGGAGCAGCGAGAUGGAGGUGUCCCAGCAGAUCCGAACAACGUUUACCUGAUGAACGGGACCUCAAAUGCCAUGAGUAUCAUCUUCAAUUUAUUGAUUGACAGAAGCCGCUCUCGGAGGACAGGAUUACUGGUGCCCGUGCCCUGCGGAGAAGUGUCCUGGCACACCAUCAGCAUGCUGGGUGGCGUGGUUCUUCCCUACCACCUGGAUGCAGAGCAAGGCUGGGAGGUGACAGCCCAGGAGCUGAGGAGGGUUGUGGAGGAAGGCCGUGGGCACUGCCAGCCAAUGGCACUCUGUGUUACCAAUCCAGGCAUACCCACAGGUCAUGUGAUGAGCAGGCGGUGCAUGGAACAUGUAAUCCGAUUCGCUGUGGAUGAGGGGCUGCUCAUAUUAGCCAAAGAGGGUCACCCAUCUGAUAUCUACAGUGGCAGCUGCCAGCAGCAAACCUUCAAGAAGGUUCUGUCCGAAAUGGGUCCCAAGUACGCGGGUGUGCUGGAGUUAGUGUCCUUUAACUCCGUGUCCAGUGGCCACAUUGGGGAAUCUGGCGCACGGGGAUGUUUCAUGGAGGUACUGAACAUGAGUCCAGCGGUGCAGAUGUACAUCGGACUGAUGCUCGCCGCCUUUGACUCCGCCUCGGUGACAGCGCAGAUCGCCAUCGACGUCGCCACCCGUCCACCACAACCUGGACACCCGUCCUACCCUCUCUUCCAGGCUGAAAAGCGGGAAUCACUGAGGAUGUUGGCUGAACAGGCACGUCUGACAGAGGGAAUGCUGAAUACCAUUCCCGGCAUUAGCUGUGCGGUAAUUAACAGUGGGACGUUUGCCUUUCCCCGAAUUGAACUUCCGGACGGAGCCAGGGAGGCAGCUGAGGCCAUGAACCUGCGACUGGAUACUUUCUACAGCCAUCGACUGCUGAUGGAUACAGGCUGCCUACUGGCUCCCGGUGGGGACUUCGGUCUGCAGGACGGGCCCUGGCACUUCAGAAUGAACUUUCUCCUGCCCCUCGACAAACUGAAGCUGACCCUGGAGAAGAUCAUGGAAUUCCACAGGAAGUUCAUGGCAGAGUUUUCCUGAGUGUUGGAAGCGGUGGCCUGGUGUCACCAGUAACCCAUGGAAGUGAGCAAGGGCGAGCUACUCUCUACAUGAAUCACAAAUACCCACAGUAAAUACAAUGACAAAGUAACUCGUGUGUCGUUGUUUAUU